UCCUGCACCCCCCCCCCCCUCCUCUCUCUCUCUGCCCACUCCAUGAGUGCCCAGAUUCCCCUAAAUAGGUCUCCCGCGUGCAGCAUGAGUCCCCUCCUCCCCUCCCCUUCCCUGGCUCCUUUCCGAUUCCCCUAACAAAGCGCCACGCAGAGCCAGGCUUUCCCCGGCAGUGGAGUAGCAGCGGCAGUGGGGGAAGAGGCAAAGCAGGAGGCUAGCUAGAAUGAUGGGCGCCAAAACCAACGCCGCCGACUGCCCGGAGUACGCGGAGGUCGACCACACCGGCCGGUACGGACGGUUCAACGACGUUCUUGGCAAGGGCGCGUCCAAGACCGUGUACAGGGCGUUCGACGAGUACCAGGGGAUGGAGGUGGCGUGGAACCAAGUGAAGCUGCACGACUUCCUGCAGAGCCCCGAGGACCUGGAGCGGCUCUACUGCGAGAUCCACCUCCUCAAGACGCUCAAGCACCGCAACAUCAUGAAGUUCUACACCUCCUGGGUCGACGUCUCCCGCCGCAACAUCAACUUCAUUACCGAGAUGUUCACCUCCGGCACCCUGCGCCAGUACAGGCAGAGACACAGGCGGGUGAACAUAUGGGCGGUGAAGCACUGGUGCCGGCAAAUCCUCAGCGGCCUGCUGUACUUGCACAGCCACGAUCCACCCAUCAUCCACCGGGACCUCAAGUGUGACAACAUCUUCGUGAACGGCAACCAUGGGGAGGUCAAGAUAGGCGACCUCGGCCUCGCCGCCAUCCUCCGCAAGCCUCACGCCGUGCACUGCGUAGGCACGCCAGAGUUCAUGGCACCGGAGGUGUACGAGGAGGAGUACAACGAGCUGGUGGACAUAUACUCGUUCGGGAUGUGCGUGCUCGAGAUGGUGGCGUUCGAGUACCCGUACAGUGAGUGCACGCACCCGGUGCAGAUUUACAAGAAAGUGAUCUCCGGUACUAAACCAGAAGCUCUGUACAAGUUAAAAGAUCCAAUGGUGAGGCAAUUUGUUGAGAAGUGCCUGGCGACAGCAUCUCAGAGGCUCUCAGCGAGAGAGCUGCUGGAGGACCCCUUCCUACAGGGUGAUGACAUGGCUUUUUCAUCAGAGGGUGGGGAUUACAACUUAACAAACAAUUAUCUGCAGCAGCCUUCUUAUCUAGGGCAUGCUUGUAGCAAUGGCUCCAUAAUGAAUAAUGGAUUAUCAGAAAGCAUUGAUGAAGAUGCUCUGACUGAAGAUAGAUGGGAUUGUGAGGAUGAUGACAUAAAAGGCCAAGAUGGCAUUGACCUGUUCAACGGCCAUGAAGAUGAGCCACUUGGCAAUGUGGAUAUCACAAUCAAAGGGAGAAAGAGUGAGGAUGGAGGCAUCUUCCUCAGACUCCGAAUUGCUGAUAACGAUGGACAUGUAAGGAACAUCUAUUUUCCCUUUGACAUUGAGGCCGAUACCGCAUUAAGUGUUGCAACUGAAAUGGUAGCUGAGCUGGAUAUAACUGACCAUGAAGUUACUCGAAUAGCUGACAUGAUCGAUGGUGAGGUCAGUGCAUUGGUGCCAGAUUGGAGGCCUGGUCCAGGCAUAGAGGAAGCUCCAGACACUUCAUACUGCCAUAAUUGUGGAUCCAAUGUGUCGUCGUGUGGUUCACUUUACGCGUACAUGUCAUCAGCUGCUCGAGGUUGCCAAUGUGCAGAGCUACAUGGGCGGUUUGAGGAGAUCAUGUUCCAAGCCAAUGGAGAGCAGUGUGAUAUGCAGGACUCUAUAGGCAACUCUGACAAUGGAGGCGGCCAUUAUGUCAAAGGCAAAGAGUCCACUCACACGAAUGGCUCUGUACAGAUGGGUAGAAGGGAUCCUUCUAGUCGGGUUUGCUUUAGUUCAUUCCAAGAACAGUCAUGUUCAUUUAAUCAAUACGAGAACAAUACUAAUCAUGAAGCGAAUGGGUUCGACAUGAAGCAUGAGAUGAAGAUUGCCAAGUACAAAGCACGGAAAAUGGCGCAGUUGAACAGAGCUAUUCAUCCAUCUCUUGACUUUGACAAUGCAAAUGGAGUAAGUAGGAUGAAACCUUCACUGAACAAGUUACAGUCUUUUCAUAUCGGAAAGAACCACAAUUUUCGUGUACCAACCAUCGAGCGAAGCCCAGAUAUAGGAAACACCGAUCAUCUUUCUAACAUGAACAAUCAAGUAUGGCGGAGCAGUCACCCCAAUCCAGGAGCCCAAAAGGCUGGGCAUUGUGAGGUCGAUGCCAAAAGCAAUCCGGAUUGUAUGUUUACAGCCAGGAGAUACUAUACUGGAGCUCAGUUGCCGCCAAAUCUCACAAAUUCUGUACCCCUAAACGCUGUUGAUGCCUGAAAUGCUCUUGCCCUGUAAAUUUUAUAGAGUGUACAUUGUUUUGGUUCUUUUUGUAUGCAGUAUGAAAUAUAGUUGGUAGGCAAGAGAGUGGAAUGUGACUGGGGCUGUCUGUGGAUUAAGCCUGAGCUGUAUGUAACUUUCUGUUUUGUGAAUCUAGAGGGGAAGUGUUCAUUUUUAGGA